AUGGGAAGCGACAGCGAGAACGAAAAGAGUGCGCAUAAAGAGAGGGAGAAGAAAAAGCUCUUGGCUCUUGCUCCCAUUGCCAAACCGCUCGCCGGCAAGAAGCUCUGCAAACGCACCCUCAAACUUGUUCGCCGAGCUGCCGAGCGCAAGUGCUUGAAGAGAGGAGUUAAGGAGGUCGUGAAAAGUAUUCGCCGAGGAAACAAGGGGUUAUGUGUUAUUGCUGGGAACAUAUCUCCUAUAGAUGUCAUCACUCAUGUUCCGAUCUUGUGUGAAGAAGCUGACAUCCCUUAUAUCUAUGUUCCAUCAAAAGAAGAUCUUGCAAAUGCAGGAGCCACAAAGAGGCCGACUUGCUGCGUACUGGUGCUGCCAAAGCCCACCAAGGGGGAAAUAAGCCAAGAGGAACAGGACAAGCUGAAGGGAGAAUUUGAUCAGGUUGCAACGGAUAUAUCCGAACUUGCUAACUCAAUGUUUUGA